AUGAGCGUACCCAAACGAGCGCGCUCCCCAAGUGUGGAUGAAUUUGACGGGUUGGAUGCAGAUGAUCUGAUUCGGGCCGUACAAGAAUCUGAGACACCCAAAAAGGCGCGUGUGAACGAGACAGCGCCGACACCCGCGCCAUACACGCAGCCCUACUCAGGUACGGCUGAGGACCCGCUCCUCCUCGAGCGCACAACCAUGAGCAAAGCGUGGUUCGAGAGGCUCGAGCCAGCCAUGCGGCAAGAGUCGUUCAAAAAACUCAAGGCGUUCUUGGAUGCCGAGAAAAGAGCCGGCAAGACGAUUUAUCCGCCGCCACAUCUUAUUCACAGCUGGUCCCGCACGACCCCGCUUGAGCAGGUCAAGGUCGUGAUUGUGGGCCAGGACCCAUACCACCAGCCUGGCCAGGCAUGUGGCCACUGUUUUUCCGUGCCCAAGGGCAAAGCCGUUCCUGCCAGUCUACAGAAUAUAUACAAGGAGCUCAAGGCAGAAUUUCCUAAUGACUUUGUGCCACCACGCCACGGGUGCCUCGACGGAUGGGCUCGACAGGGUGUGUUGCUCCUCAACGCGUGUUUGACCGUCAAUGCAGGCGCAGCUGGUUCACAUCAUAAUCACGGUUGGGAGCCGUUUACACGCGAGAUUCUCAAAUCCGUUCUCAAGACGUCGUCUCAGUCGGCCCAUAGCGGGCCCCUUGCAUCCAUGUUUGCGAACCAGGGCGUCCAAAAGGAAAGCGAUGGACCGCACAAGGGCGUCGUGUUCCUUGCAUGGGGCCUCCCUGCCGCCAAGACACUGGCCGAAGCAGGCAUCACCGAAAAAACACCCAAUGUCUUGCUAUUAAAGUCGCCACACCCAUCACCACUGAGUGCACAUCGUGGGUUCUUGGGGAACGGCCACUUUGCCAAGGCCAACGCAUGGCUCGAAGAACGAUACGGAAAGGGAGGGGGCAUUCGAUGGAGUGAUUUAUAG